AUGCUUCUUCCUCUAACUGCUAGAAUAAUUUACUCACUGCUGUGUUGCAUACAGGUGAAAACGAGCCUAGAGGAGUACGUGCGCCGUGAAGCAGUGCGUGGAGUGGUAGUGCUAACUUGCUGUGGGUCCCUCACUAGUGCUACACUCCGUCUCGCUGCUGCACCAGACGGUACCACUGACAAGAUCAAGACAUUCAAGAAGCACUUCGAGGUGUUGGGAAUGUCUGGAACGAUCAGUCGUGGUGGCGCCCACCUUCAUAUCUGUCUGAGUGACGACCAGGGCGGCACCCUGGGUGGUCACGUGAUGGGCGACCUGGUCGUCUUCACCACCAUGGAGAUCGCUCUUGGGGAAGCUACUGAUGUUAUUCUUGACCGCCAGGAUGACCCUGCCACUGGAUACGAUGAACUGACUGUAACUAAAGACCAGGCCUGAAACAAGCCUACCACCACCUAUGAUAAACUGCGUGAAACUGAAGAUCAGGCUUUAAAUAAGUCUGUCAUCAAAAUGCUGUUUCUAGGGCUUCUAUGUAGCCGGCUCUGUCUCGUUUAAAGCCUAAUCUUUUUUUACAACCAGUUCAUGUAUGAUUAGGUAACUGCACAAAGACUAGACUUUAAAUAAGCUUACUACUGGUUACAAUGAAUUAAUUAUAAAUCAAAACUAGGCCUAAAACAAGUUUAUCACCAGGCUAUCAGUAACUGCUUAUAACUAAUGACUUCACCUGAAAAAAGCCUGCCAUUAGGUACCUUGAACUGUAAAUGCUAGGACUAAAGCGCCUAAUAUCAAAUAUUUUCAUGUAGUGAGUGUAAACACAGAAUAUUACUCAUUAACUGAAAAUUUUGUAUCUUCCUAUUUUGUAAUUAUAUUGUUAUACUAGCAGAAUAAUAGGGCUUUGCCCAUACGUUGUUUCUCAUAAAGUUUUACAGUGUAUUAACGUUAAUGGGAAAUACUCUUGCUUUAGUAAAUCUUAUGAGGAUUUCUUAAGUCGUCUUCCGUUACCCACCUCGUCAUGAGGCAGAUCUGGUGGUCUCGCACCUGCCUUGUUAGGAGGCGGGUGUGAAGAAGCUAGAACGUCAGAUUUCGUCAGGAGGCGAAACCUUAAUUUUUCGUUCUCGUUCUCCAGUUGUGCUAAAUUUGAGACUUAAAAUUGAUCAGGUUUGUUUAGAAAUAUGAUUUUUUUUUUAAUCAGUAUAAAAAGAGCUUUGAAAUUAUGUCUCACAACCUAGUGCAGCCAUAACAAAGUGGCGCCAAGGACCACGCCACCAAAUAACAAUUUUGAAACGUUGGUUAUGUUAUGAAAUCAGUAUAAAAGAACUUCAAAAUUAUAUACUAUUCAACAUAACACAACCCAAAAAAAGCCUUCCUUCCGUGAGUAGCGCUGCCAACCCCCCCCCCCAAAAAAAAAAAAAAAAUGGAACGCUGUGGAGACUAAUGCCUAGUUGUACUGGCGUGUAUAGAGACUGAAUUAUGAAAACGAAUUAAUAAACCAGCAAAAAUACUGUACUUGGUAUAGUAUAAUACUGUAAUGAAAUACAGUGUCUCCCCGAAGCGGUGUAUUGUAUAACGAAGUACUGUAUGUUUCAUUACUGCUGUGUAUUUUAUAGUGAAGUACAGUAUGUACUUACCUAAUUGUGGUUGCAGGGGUCGAGACUCAGCUCCUGGCGCAGCCUCUUCACUAAUUGCUACUAGGUCCUCUCUCUCUGCUUCCAGAGCUUUGUCAUACCUCGUCUUAAAGCUAUGUAUGGUUCCUACCUCAACUAUAUCAUUGUUAAGCUAUUCCACUUCCAGUUUGGAACCCACACCUGGGUUCCAAACUGGUGCUGCAUACUCCAGUAUGGGCCUGACGUACACAGUGUCUUAAACGAUUCCUUACUAUGGUGUCGGAACGCUAUUCUCAGGUUUGCCAGGCGCCCGUAUGCUGCAGCACUUAUCUGGCUGAUGUGUGCCUCUGGAGACAUGCUCGGUGUUAUGGUCACCCCAAGAUCUUUCUCCUUGAGUGCUUGUGCAGCUGAAGUAUAUUUCACUGCAGCUGAGUAUGCUGUAUUAAAGUGCAGUUUGUAUUGCUGCAACUGUAUUAUAUUGAAUUACAGUAUGUCAUGUAUUUUUUUCUUCUUGUUUAAACAAAACACAAUAACUGAAAUUUAAAUAAGUAUAUAGAUAACCUAGUAAUAUUUCUUUUAGUUCACAUGUAAAUUAAAUCUACACAAAGAUACAUAUACACUUCCUUUAACACUAAGAGAAUAAUUUUUGUUUGAGGAAUAACGAACCAGUUAUAGAACAGUGAUCUUUUUCAGGAAUUUGUUUACACAUAUACAAAUAACCUUUAUAUCGGACACAAACAUUUAACAAAAUUUACACAACUCAAAAUGAGUCUUAUGUUUUCUUGUUAUAAGGGUCACUAUCAGUGCAAGUUUAAGGACGAUCGGAAAAGAUAUUCUACAGCAAAUAA